CAGAAAUGGUUUAAGCAGCGCCUGGCCCAGUGGCGGCGGUCGGAGGGGCUGCCUUCGGAGUGCAGAUCCGUCACGGACUGAGGACUGGGGCUCAGUGGGUGGCCCUGGCAGCCCUGCUCCUGGAGACCGCUGCCGCGCCGCUCCUCUCCUCUCCCCGUCCUCCCAGGCGUUCGAUUUCUCCGCGUAGUGUGUGUUCCAAGUUAGGUGUCCUGCUAGGUAACAGGCUGUUGUAUUUUCUUCAUGUGCAUAACUAGAAACAAUGGGAAACCAAGCACACGCUCUGUGUGGAGUGUCUGGCCACGCGCUGCAGAACGCAGCCUUUCUUUCCCUUUAGGUCACCACGACCGAUGGCGUGCAAACCAUCUUGGUCUGCUUUGGGCCACCACCUCCCCGGAGCUGUUUGCUUUCCACCCAUUUCAGAGCAAGCAGGGCCUCUGCUGAGAAGAUAAGGCGGGAAGAGGAGAACACUUCCUGUUGGCUACUUCCCCAAGUCCUUCUCCUACCCGAUGGGGUGAGAAUACAGAGGGGACCUGCGUCAUUCAAAGUGUGUACAGUGAGUCCUUGGCUUAUGGCUACAUCAACUUGGAAAGAACCCAGUUAGGCUAGAAAGAGAGGCGUGAACCAGCAGGAAAGCAAGUGACUAAGAAAAAAAAAAUCUGCAAACGUCUUAAACUUACCUUAUUUAAAUGUAUUUGUUAAAUUUAUUUUGCUAAAUAAAAUGAACUGCUUUUUGUCUCUAAAACGAUGUUCUAAAUAAAACCUUAGCUUUUUGUUGCAAAUGGCA